GUGUGUGUGUGCAUUGAUAUGGUCAAGGAAGUGAGUGUCUCGAUGAUAUCUAUCGGUUCCUUGUCCGUCCGUUCGUCCGUCACAUCAUCGAAUCUACUCACGCACGCACUCAAGUCUACUUACUCAUCAGACAGCCGUACAGCCUCAUCGAUCUGGCCUGCCUGUCAGUCAGCAAUGGUGUAGUAGAGGGACAGCGUAGCCGAGGGCAACACAUGAUGCUGUCCAGUCCACACACAAGACAACCAACACACACAUGACAUCUAUUUUGUCCAUGUGCCGCACCCCUCCCUCCCUCCCUCCCUCUGUCUGUUCCCCUCUUCUCCUUACUUACCAUCGCAUGGACCUGUGCGAGGGUCAGCUCACUGCCCAGGCUCUUGAGACCUCCCUCACCAGGAGCCAUAGGCUCGUCCCUGCCAGCUGCCACCGGCAAAGCAGACGGCCACCGCACCCGCUGCACGCACAACAGACAGACACGACCAACCAACAGCACUCACUCAUUCAUGACGAUCAAACCACACACCUGUCUGUCUGAGUCUGGCGAGCAGAGGGCGACUGUUGGGGGCGACGUCCACAGGGGCACCUGCUGCUGGUCUGGCUGUCCCGACGGGCCCGCCUCCCUGAUGGCCUUGGCCUUCCCCAUCAGCUGGUGGGAGAGGUACCGCGACAGCUGAGCCACUGUGAUGUGACCCGGUAUCGACACCUCCUGCACACACACACACACACACAGUCAGGUCAGGAGUAUCUAUCUACAUCAUCAAAUAGGUGGGGAAGGGGCGGCAGUUAGUUGUGCCUACCUCUUUGUCGAGCCGCGGCAGUGCCUUCAGAUUCGGGUCGGGCAGCAGCUUGAAUGUGAACUUGAUGGGAGCCGCUGCUUGCUCCUCCCCCGGCCCGCCAUCACCGCCAGCACCAACAGCAACACCGUUCUCUUGUUUCAUCAUCGCAGAAGCAGCAGCGCCUUCCUGCUGCUGCCCUGACGGCAUCCCGCUGCCCACAGAAGCCGCCGCCGCCGCCGCCGCCGCGGUAGCCGGAGCAGGGGCAGGAGGAGCAGGGGCGACGGGCGGCCCGCCCAUUGCCGAGGAGAGCGAAGGAGGGAAAGGGGGUGCGCGCACUCCAGGGGCUUGGGUGAGUGGUCUCACGCUCAUUCUGGGUGCGAACGAGAUCCACGGCGGCUGGCCCGGUCUGAGUGCGGACGACGGCCGUGAGGGGGGCAUCAUGUUGGGCCGCGUGAGCAUCGGGAUGAAGGCGGGGGGGCGUGUGAUGACGUGCCGGGCGGGGGGAGCGGGAGGGUUGGACGGGGGGUAGGGGGUGAGACCUGAGUGGGGAUCCGAUGGGAUGGACAGACAGACACAGAUGGGUGCCACAGCCGGUGGGUGGGUGGGUGGCUGGCUGAGUGAGUGUGGUGGCCAGCCGACCUGGAACGCCUUUGGUGAGGUUGUUCUUCUUGUUGGACUGCUCCACCAGCUUCUCAUGGUGCUCUUCAUACGCCUGUGUGCCGUGCGCACGAAUCAGUCAAUCACUCAAGGGACGAACCGCACCGGCCUCCCUCUCUCUGCCUGACUGUCCGUCCCCCCGCCACGCACCUCUACGUUAGGGAAGAGUCGCUUGACCAUCUUGUCAAAUGUCGGGUCUGACCUCAGCAUCCGCCGACUGGAUAUGUGAACGCGACACGUCGGACACUCACGCUUGCUGCACACACACAAGGCAGGCAUGGAUAAACAGCACCCAGUCAGUCUUCAGGGGUAAGGUAUUCAUUCGCUAGUUCCGAGUGAGCUCACUCACUCACUCACUCACCCAAUCCGGAGGCACUUUUCGAUGCACGACGCACAGAACCGGUGAAGGCACACCUUGACCGUCGUCGUCUUGGUCAAAAUGCCUGGGCAGGGCAGAAGAGAGAACAACCAGGCAGCGGUGCGACGUGCACAUAGGCGUGAAGCGCACCGCCCCGCACCCACCGAGGCAGACGGGGCAGGUGAGGUCAACGUUGAGGUUGGAUCCUGUAAGAGUGGUCAUCCUGGAGAGAUCGAUGGCGACGCCGCUGUCCGAGUCAGGCGCCUCGGGGAUCCGAGGACUCCUGUACAUGUCAUACAGCUCCAGAUCUGCACACACACACACGCACACACACACAAACCGGCCACAUGCAUCUCAGCUCACCUCGUUGCUCUCAUGUGUGUGGUCUGAUGCUUCCUUGUGCGCCACGCUGACCUUCAGGUACGUUUGUGCUGAGGUACUCUUCCUUAGUCCUGCCAUUGUAGAGGUCCUCCUCCUCCUCGCCGUCAACCAUGUAGCCAUCCAUCCCGGCUGCUCCUGCGAUGACGCCAAACCAGAGAUCCUUGACUGACAGCGGUUUCGUUGACUGACAGCGGGUUGGGGGGGGUUUCAGGGAGCUUGACU